ACCGAACCCUCCUGCCCCGUUCCCUCCCAUCGCCGUCGGAUCCCCAUCCCAUCCUAUAAAACCCUACCCGGCCACGAGUCGCCGUGGAAUUCCCUACCUCACCCACCCACCAUCUCAAAAUCUCUUGCUAUUCUAGUAUUCUAUUAUUCGGCGGCAAUUGCAUCCAACAGUAAUCCUCCCGACGGGAUCAAAUCAAACAGAAUUAAGAAGAAGAAGAAUCAAGGAGAUGCCUUCCCAGGAUUUCGCCACCGCCGCCGGCUGGAGGCCGAAGCAGCAGCUGCACCACGACCAUAAGCUGCAGAUCCAGGAGGUCUGGGCGGACAACGUGGACCGCGAGUUCACGCUCAUCCGCGCCGCCAUCGAGCACUUCCCCUACGUGUCCAUGGACACCGAGUUCCCGGGCGUCAUCCACCGCCCCGGCAACGCCAAGCACCCCGCCGCCAUGACCCCCGCCGAGCGCUACGCCCUCAUCAAGGCCAACGUCGACGCGCUCCACCUCAUCCAGGUCGGCCUCACCUUGGCCGCCUCCCCCACCGCCCCGCCCGCCCUCGCCUUCCAGAUCAACCUCCGCGAGUUCGACCCGCGCCUCCACCGCCACGCCCCCGACUCGGUCGCCCUCCUCGCCGCCAGCGGCCUCGACCUCGCCGCGCACCGCGCCAGGGGCGUCAGCGCGCGCGCCCUCGCCGCGCUGCUCAUGUCCUCGGGCCUCGUCUGCAACCCGGACGUGGCCUGGGUCACCUUCCACUCCGCCUACGACUUCGCCUACCUCGUCAAGCUCCUCAUGGGCCGCAAGCUGCCGAGGUCGCUGCCCGACUUCCUCAACUUGGUGCGCGUCUACUUCGGCCCCGAGGUCUACGACGUCAAGCACAUGAUGCGCUUCUGCGCCGGAGCCCUCCACGGCGGCCUGGAGCGCGUCGCCGCCGCGCUCCAGGUGCAGCGCGCGGCGGGGCGGUGCCACCAGGCGGCCUCCGACAGCGUGCUCACCUGGGACACGUUCAGGCGGAUCAAGAGCCUCUACUUCGCAAAGGAAGGCAGCCUGCAGCACCUCUGCGCCGGCGUGCUCUUCGGACUGGAGGAGGACGCCAGCAAGCUCAUCAGAUGAGAUACACCACCAGCAGCUUGCUUGUCUUUCUUUUCUUGUACAGAAGACUACAGAGCAGCUCAACUCAAUCAAUUGCUCCUCUCCUCUUCGAUCGGGAGGGACAAUAAUUAAAUUAAAUUAACACCAAGUUCGUUGAUUGGUUAUAAAAAUCUGGUUGCCGGAUGUUUCGCCGAAAACAGGGACAUGAAGCUGCAGCAGGUGCAUUUGAAUUCUACCAUUCUCCUGUACUACUAGUGCAAGGCCGUCCAAUUUGUGAAGCACAUGCAGUGCAGUGCAGCACUAGUGCCGUUGGCGUUUGACCGGCAGCCAGGCCUUGCCUCCGUGCCGCGUGGAAUGUUUGAACUUUGAACGCGUCGGGUGGGGGGAAAAGGCUAUCCCCUGGACUGGUCUGUACUGUCUGCUGGAGCGCGUGCCACCAGCAGGCAGCAGCAGCGUGACUUGGCGAGUCAAUGGAGAAAAACCCCGCCUGCAACAGCUGUGUAAACGGAUGGAGCACGUCGGCCUU